AUGGCUUCACCAAGAUUCCAGAUUCCGCUGGAGUUCCAAUCGAAGAUUCGCCAUGUCGAGUCUCUCGACCCUCGCUCUGACGAGGAGAUUCUUAAGUCUCUGAUGAAACCUUCGCCAGUCACGUCAGAAAAGAACAUCUGGGCCUUUUGGGACUCUGGUCUCAACAACAUCCCAAGCUGGGGCCAGCGCAAUAUUAUCAACUGGGCUCGUCUCUGCGGUCCCGAAUGGGCGAUUCGCGUCCUAGAUGACGUUCCAGACUCUCCCAACAACGCCUUGAACUGGGUCAAGGAAGACCAGCUUCCUGAGGCUUAUGUUGCACACAAGAUGGAUGGACCUCGCGUGUGGACCGGGCCCCACAGCGCAGACUUUCUUCGCGGUAUUUGUCUGUAUCAAUAUGGCGGUGCUUGGGUGGACGUUGGCACCAUUCUCGUUCGGUCCAUUGACGAUCUCUGCUGGAAGAAACUCGAGGAUCCAAACAGCCCUUACCAAGUCUCCGCCCCUUGGAUGUACUCGAACGUCAUAGCCAAUCAUUUCAUUGCCAGUCGCAAAGGUGACAUAUUCAUCAAACACUGGCACGAUGUUUUCAUGGAGGUUUGGAAGGGCCAUAAGAGCUCCGAUGGCAUCCUCGCAAGCCCUCUUGUCUCCUUCGCGCAAAACAUGAACGCCGAUGCAGUCGAAGCUCGGAACUUCAAAUGGAACUGGAACGCCCCUCUCCCAAAGUUGCUGGAGUACAUUGCUCAAAUCGUAUGUUGGAUUAGAGUUGCUGCGGUCAAGGAGCCUAACGGUGGUUUCGAUGGCGUCGAUUACUUCGACAAGAAAGUCCUCCUUCACGAUUCGUUGUACGAAGAUUGGCCGGCAGAAGCCAUCAUCGGUUGGAACGGCGAGGACCUCUUCGACCUCUUUUCGGUUAGAUUGGAUGCCGAUCCCGAGUCUGAAGAAUAUAAAAAAGCCUACAAUGUUGUUUGGACGAUCUUGACUACAUCGACUAUGCAGAAGGUCACCCAUGCUGCCGGCAUGACCUCGACCAAGGCACUGGGAACCUUGUGGGAUAUGAAGGAAAACGAAAAUAGAGACCAGGAGCCUGGAACAUUCGCAGAGUUACUACGGUAUGGAAGUGUGCAUUUCGAACAAAACCGAGAGAUAGAGUACAUCACGUCACCGAAAGCUGAUUUUGUGCUGGAAAAGGGCGUGCUCGAGCCUUGA